ACAGCAGCCACAACAAUUGACAGUAAAACAGUGCCUACGCUGCGCCUGCUGGGCACAGCGAACAUGGCGAUGGACAAUACAUUGACAACAUCCUGGGCUAGCAAUGGUCAGACAACCACAGCAACGGCAACGGCAACAGCAACGGCCGCCGCGGGCUGGCCGGUGAAGCAUGCCGCUGUGCUCGAGGGCGAUGUAAUACUUGGCGGCCUGAUGAUGGUGCAUUCGCGCGAGGACAGCAUCACCUGCGGUCCCAUCAUGCCGCAGGGCGGCAUUCAGGCCUUGGAGGCCAUGCUCUACACCUUGGAUCAGGUCAACCAGCAGCAAUUGCUGCCGAAUAUAACGCUCGGCGCCCACCUACUGGAUGACUGCGACAAGGACACCUACGGCCUCGAGAUGGCUGUCGAUUUCAUAAAGGGCUCUAUUAGCAACAUAGACGAUGCCGAAUAUCAUUGCAACAAGACGCAAGUGCGAAAGGUGAUUUCGGGCGUGGUGGGCGCUGCCUCAUCGGUCACCUCCAUACAGGUGGCCAAUUUGCUGAGAUUGUUUCGGAUACCACAGGUCUCGUAUUUCUCAACCAGCCCGGAGCUGAGCAACAAGCAGCGCUUCGAGUAUUUCUCACGCACCAUUCCCUCCGACCACUACCAGGUGAAGGCCAUGGUUGAGAUUGUCAAGAGCAUGGGUUGGACCUAUGUUUCGAUUAUCUACGAGGAGAGCAACUAUGGCAUCAAGGCAUUUGAGGAGCUAGAGGAGUUGCUGGCACGCCAUAACAUUUGUAUUGCCAUUAAGGAGAAGCUCGUCAAGGAUUCGGGAGUGGCUGAGGAUAUUGCAUACGAUAAUAUUGUGCAGAAGCUGCUCACCAAGCCGCGUGCGCGAGGCGCCAUCAUUUUUGGCUCGGAUCAGGAAGUGCGCCAAGUGAUGCGAGCGGUGAGGCGUGCGAAUGCAACAGGCGCCUUCUCCUGGAUUGGUUCCGACGGAUGGAGUGCGCGAAAUCUCGUCUCGGAUGACUACGAACCAGAGGUGGAGGGCACACUGUCCGUGCAGCCACAGGCUAAUCCCGUGCGUGGUUUCGAGGAAUAUUUUCUAAACCUGACCGUGGAGAAUAACCAGCGCAAUCCCUGGUUCGUGGAAUUCUGGGAGGACCACUUUCAAUGCCGCUACCCGGGCAGCACCAGCACACCCUACAACAACUAUACGCGCACCUGCACCACCAAGGAGCGCCUCUCGCGGCAGAACACUGACUUUGAGGAUCAGUUGCAGUUCGUUAGCGAUGCGGUAAUGGCAUUUGCCUAUGCCUUGAGGGAUAUGCAUCGUGACCUGUGCGGCGGUCGCCCCUCGCUCUGCGAUGCCAUGAAGCCAACAAAGGGCGCAGAUUUGCUCAAAUAUUUGCGUAAAGUUCAAUUCAAGGGCCUCAGCGGCGAUGAUUUUCGCUUCGACGGCAACGGCGACGGCCCUGCUCGCUAUAACAUCAUCCACUUCAAGCAGUCUGUGGCGGGUCAGUACCGCUGGGUCAAGGUUGGCGAGUACUACGAGGGCGAGCUGCGCCUGAACAUGUCCGAGGUAAAAUUCAAGCUGUUGCAUCCGAAACCUCCGGAAUCCGUUUGCAGUCUGCCCUGCGAGCGCGGCCAGGCCAAGAGAUAUGUCGAGGGCGAGAGCUGUUGCUGGCACUGCUUCAAUUGCACGACCUAUCAAAUUCGCCAUCCUGACGACGAAACGCAGUGUGUGCUCUGCAAGAUGGGCACGCUGCCGGAUACCUACAAACAGUAUUGCCGCGCCAUACCUGAGGUCUAUUUGCGACCCGAGUCCGCUUGGGCCAUUGGUGCCAUGGCGUUCAGUGCGACUGGCAUAUUGAUAACGCUCUUUGUCGUGGGCGUGUUUGUCCGACACAACGACACGCCCAUUGUGCGCGCUUCGGGUCGUGAGCUGAGCUACAUACUCCUGGCUGGCAUAUUUAUGUGCUACGGCGUAACCUUUGCCCUCGUCCUCAAGCCAACAAACAUUGUCUGCGCCAUUCAGCGGUUCGCUGUGGGCUUUUGCUUCACGGUCGUCUAUGCCGCAUUGCUGACCAAAACGAAUCGCAUAGCACGCAUCUUCAAGGCUGGCAAACAGUCAGCCAAACGGCCCUCGUUCAUUAGCCCCAAAUCGCAGCUGGUGAUUUGCACGUGCUUCAUCAGCGUACAGAUACUCAUUAACGGCGUUUGGAUGGUAAUUGCCCCAUCACAUGCCAUACAUCAUUAUCCGGUACGCGAGGAUAAUCUGCUGGUGUGCGACUCGUACAUAGACGCCUCAUAUAUGAUAGCGUUCUCCUAUCCCAUCGUCCUGAUUGUGGUUUGCACUGUUUAUGCGGUUCUCACCCGCAAGAUACCCGAGGCGUUCAAUGAAUCAAAGCAUAUCGGCUUCACCAUGUACACCACCUGCGUCAUUUGGCUGGCCUUUGUGCCGCUCUACUUUGGAACCGCCAACCACGUGCCGUUGCGCAUAACGAGCAUGUCAGUGACCAUUAGCCUGUCUGCCAGCGUGACGAUUGCGUGUCUGUUCUCGCCAAAGCUCUAUAUAAUACUCAUUCGACCGGAACGCAAUGUGCGCCAGAGCAUGAUGCCGCCGCGCUAUGGCAACAUGCAUCGCACCGCUGGCACUGGCCCCUCCUCAAUGAUGGCCGCAGCCGUUGUGACGGCCGCCACUUGUGCACAGGAGGAGAAGCUGCAGAAACAUAUCACGCCCACUGAAACAGAGCACUCGAUAAAGGCCAAGAAGUUGUGCGAGAUGGCCACACAGACAAUUGCAUUGUCCAGCAUAUUUGCGUCUUUGGACUGCAAUGCUUACAACCAAAUACCGUAUGCUGAUCAAUAUGUGCCAACUAAUGCAACAACAGGCACGCCCACUUCCAAUGACAAUGGCAACGGUAACGGCAAUGGCAAUGGCAAUGGCAACGGCACAGAGCCAAGCGACGAGCAGGUCGUGGCCAACAACAACAAAAUCAAUCAGCAGCAGCAUGGCCAACCUAAUGUAAUAGUAGUCAGCACGGCUAGCAAGCCGUUGGCCAGUAGUCCAGUUGCCACUGCAACAGCAACACCAAUAACAGCAACAACAACUGCAGCAGCAGCAGCAGCAACACCAGCAACAGCAACAAUGGUAACAACGGUAUCUGUCGGCGCAACGGAUGCAGCAUCCGCAACGGAAGUUGCGCCCACGGCAGCAACAAAUGGCAGCAGACGAGCGCCAGUGCUGCAGACCAAUUUAUAGCUAAACGCACAGCAAUUGCAACAGCAGCUGCUAAAGGAACAGCAACGCCAGCAGCAACAGCAACAGCAGCAGCAAGCAGAUCAACCGCAACUGGCAACCAGUGAAAGCAGCGACGUUGCAAGCACUGGCAGCGGCAGCGGAAGCGCCACAACGAUCGGCAACGGAAGCAGCAAAAAACGCGCGGCGAUACCAGUUUAGACACCUGGCAAAACACCUGAAGGUAUCUAUAGUUAGACAUGUUAAAAGUACACAGGGAACUUAAGGUCAUUUUA